AUGCUGUGUAAACGAGCGAUGUUGGAGAUGAACGACUUCUUGGCAGACUACUACAGCGAGGAUGGUACUGUUAUCAUGACUAACCAUCCCGGGUGGUGCGAGACGGAAGGUUUGAAGCCUCUGCUGGAUCAGCAUGCGGGAUACGGCAGCAUCACAUUCAGAGAUCCGAGGGAUGAUAUGCUGAGAAUGUACUACCUGUGUGUGGCGCCAGGGGUUCAUGUUUUGAUUGACAACCGCCAUCAUAGGGCUGUGAAUAUCACACAGUGGAGAAGAACGACCGACAAGAUUAAGAGUUUGGUAGUUGAUAGUACCAACCUAUCAAUGAAUGGCAUAUGGAGUAAGUUGGUCGACCAGAUUGGAUAA